AGGGCCAGCUCUUUCUUUAACUUCCGGGUCGAAAUAGAGGCUACUAGCUAGUUGUCUAGAGCGUCUUCUUUCCGCGUUCGUCUCUAAAAACGUGGGAAGAGCGAUUCGUCGAAACACGACAACUGGUGAUUUCAGCCGGCUGAAAAUGGUGAAGCUAUCUGCGGAGUUAAUCGAGCAGGCCGCUCAAUACACCAACCCCGUCCGAGACCGAGAGCUCGACCUGAGAGGUUAUAAGAUUCCAGUUCUGGAAAAUUUGGGGGCCACUCUGGACCAGUUUGACACGGUGGACUUCUCGGAUAACGAAGUCCGCAAACUGGACGGCUUCCCGCUCCUCAAACGACUCAAAACGCUGCUGAUGAACAACAACCGAAUUUGUCGUAUCGGAGAGAACCUGGAGCAGAGUCUUCCCGGUCUCCGAGAACUGGUCCUGACCAACAACAACAUCCAGGAGCUGGGCGACUUGGAGCCGCUGGCGUCGGUCAAGACGUUGACGCUGCUCAGCUUGCUGAGGAAUCCCGUCACCAACAAGAAGCACUACAGGCUCUACGUCAUCAACAAAAUUCCGCAGAUCCGCGUGCUGGACUUCCAGAAGGUGAAACUCAAGGAGCGCCAGGAGGCGGAGAAAAUGUUCAAAGGCAAACGCGGCGCUCAGCUGGCGAAGGAUAUCGCCAAGCAGAGCAAAACGUUCACGCCCGGGAUGGCGGCGCAGCUGGAGAAGAAGAGGACGGGCCCGUCGUACGCCGACGUGCAAGCCAUCAAGAACGCCAUCGCUAAGGCGACGUCGCUGGCCGAGGUGGAACGCUUGAAAGGGAUGCUGCAGGCCGGACACAUCCCGGGACGAGAGCUCGCCGCGGAUGGUGCCGCCGAGGAGGAGGAAGAUGAAGAAGAAGAAGAAGAAGCGGGUCACGCGUCCCAGAUGGACACUCAGAUGGAAGACGACCAAGAAGACAUGGAACAAGGUGUUCACAUCAAUGGAUCCUGAACACUUUCACCUCAUCUUUUUAUUUGUAUCAUCAUCAUCAACUUUUUUUUUUUUUUUUUUUUAGUAAAAUGACAUGAAAGGUCC